CUUGUCUUCUCCUGCAGCAUCCUGAUGCACAGGAGACUCUUCCUGUACAACUUCAGGAACCUGCUCAAGGCCAAGGGCCGGCGUGAAACCUACCUCUGCUUCGUGGUGAAGCGCCGGGAUAGCGCCACGUCGUGCUCCCUGGACUUCGGAUACCUGCGCAACCAGAUGGGCUGCCACGUGGAGAUGCUGUUCCUGCGCUACAUCGCCGCCUGGGACCUGGACCCGGGCCGCUGCUACCGGAUCACCUGGUUCACCUCCUGGAGCCCCUGCUACGACUGCGCCCAGCACAUCGCCAGCUUCCUGCGCUCCUACCCCAACCUGAGYCUCCGCAUCUUCAUGGCCCGCCUGUACUUCUGCGAGGAGCGCAAAGCGGAGCCCGAGGGGCUGAGGCGCCUGCACAAGGCGGGGGCACAGAUCGCCAUCAUGACCUUCAAAGAUUUCUUCUACUGCUGGAACACGUUUGUGGAGAACAAGGAAAAGGCAUUCAGAGGCUGGGAAGGGCUGCAUGAAAACUCUGUCCAUCUCACCAGGAAACUCCGACGAAUCCUCCUGCCACUGUAUGAAGUAGAUGAUUUACGGGAUGCCUUUAAAAUUCUGGGACUUUGAAGUGAAAAUUAUCAGCAAUGAGAAGACUUCUCAAACACUUGUUCUUUGACUUCCAACUCUCUCCCUUACAACAGAUCUUUAUCUUUUUCCCUCCUUACAUCACUCUUCCAUCCAGCCCUGUGUCUAGAGAUAAGACUAUCCUUACUUUUUCUUUUUUCCAAGGAGAAUUAGGCUGAUCUUCUGAAGACACCUUUCCCAGGCUCACGUCUUAUCCAUAGCCAGGACUCCAGUGGCAUUGCCAGAGAGUGAUUUGCCCUCCCUCAGUCCCUGCAGAGCUAAUUCAAGUGAUCCACUAAAUGGAGCUCUGGGUUUAGCCUUGCCCGGGUGGGAGCACACAGCCUGCAGAGCUGUUUGUGUGAUCAUGUUCUCACUGCACUGCACUGACCUGCACAUUUCAUGAGGGCUUUGAGAAGCACAUGUCUUGGCUCUCUGAGCUGCACCACACUCAGCUGCUCUGUGUCCUCCCCCRUGAAAUGGUUUAUUUGUCCUUCUGGUUGUGGGUAGGAAGUUGAAAACCAUCACCACUGAAGUGGUAUAGCCUAGAGCACCACAGCUCUCACUGUGUGGAGUACUCUCCGUCCACUGAGCAUUUCCCCCUAGACCAGAAUGCAACAUGCUCCCUCCCCAGGCGACUGCCUCUGCCAGAGACACCUUUACAGUCCCACAGUCUUCUGUUUGUCCAGGCCUUUUACUGCCCGUAACAUGGCCAGCAAUGGCUAGUUGGUGAUUGUACUGAGAGGUGGCCAGGAAAAAAUCCUGUUAUAGGGAAAGCUCUGUAGGCUGUGGAUAGAUAUCUUCUGUAGGGACAGAAAUCAAACCCUCCUCCUGCCUGGCAAACACUGUGUUUCCACGGGGGUCCCCAUUAGCACCUGAUCUGGUGGACACAAUCUGUCCAAGCUGCAGAAAAGGGUUCACAGUACAUGCCUGCUCACCACCCCUUCCCACCACCUAAAUUACAGCUGUAUUGCCCUCUCCAAUCCACCCUCUUGAGGCUUUGACAAGGCUAAGGGUGUCCCACACUCCGGGUGUGCUGUGUMAUUUCCUUCAUGAGGGCUGCAAGUUCUCUGCUCUGUCCUGUUCCUGUUUCUGGGUGAGGCUGGAGGCUCCUCAAGGCUGCAGGAGGACAGCAGAGAGCCCUGCUCCUACAGGGCCUCCUCCUGCUCCCAGAGGUCACAACCAGGUGCAUCACAAGCUUCCUACAACUUCAGGCUCCCAAGGCACUCUCAGAUUGAGGAAUUUAGACCAGGAAUGGCAAUGAAAGUCCUUUGCAAAGCAUUAACCUGCAAGCAUGGUGUUGUAUAUUUGUUUCAUAUGGUGCAUAUUAUUUAU